CAAACCGGUGCCAUAUUUGAGGAAAAAAAAACCCGGGUUAGGUUAUUCGUGCGUUUUUCUUUUUCAAUUCCUUUUCCUCUGUAAAUUGCUUCUCCUUUCUCCUUAUACCUUUCCCCAUUUCCCUCUUGACUCCACUACUUCCACCACUACGCACCCCUUUCCACCGCCACCAUACUCUAUCUUCAUUCUUCACGGCAUCAAGGCGAUGUGACGGUGGUCGCGAUUGGUUGUUGGAUUUUUAGAGUUUCAGGUGGCAAUUUGGUUGAGUUUUUGUUAUUUUAGUUUUGAAGGGCUUUGGUUGAUUGUGGUUAUGGGUAUCCGAUUUUUAGUUGUUUUUAGAUGGAUGUUUGGUUGUUUUUAGAUGGAUUUUUGGUUGUUUUUAGAUGGAUUUGUUGUGGGAUGCAAUUCCUUGGUAUUUUUGUUGUGGUUUUGAAUAACUGAUUGGUUGAACUCUUCACUCUGGUCUACGCCUCCUCCUUCUUCGUUUGCUACCACCAUCUCUCUCCUCCGCCCAUCGUCCGCCCUCCGUCGCCGGUUCGACCUCCAUCCCCACCUCCUCCUCCGCCGGACUCCAAUGGCAGUUCCACUUCCUAUGCUUCUCCUUCUCCUUCUCCUACCCCCGAGGAGAUCUCUCGCCAUGCUCAGCUCUCACUCGAUCUGUCGAAGAAGAUCUUCAACAUCAGAGAAAUCAGGAGGUUAGCAUCCAUGGGUCUUCCUGAUGCUCCUGCCAUCCGCUCUACUGUUUGGAAGCUUCUGCUGGGGUAUUUUCCUAGUGAUCGAGCAAUGUGGCCCUCUGAAUUAGCCAACAAGAGGUCUCAAUACAACCACUUCAAGGAUGACCUCUUGAUGUCUCCUGUUCUUGCUGACAAAGCUUAUCUUGUUGGUGUGGAGCAAAAAGGUAUUAAAGUGGAUUCUUUUGGAAUAGAAGAAUCUCUGAAAGAAUUGGCUCAACUAGCUGACACAGCAGGUCUUCAGGUUGUUGGCUCUACUUAUCAAAAGUGAGUAUGUCGUGAAGGAAAUGUCCGUCGAUCAAGUGUAAUCACUAAUUAUAAUUAGGACAAAUAUGGAGAUUAAUUAUAAUUGGUUAUUUAGGUAAUCAUAAUGUUUUGCUAGAAACCAAUUGUGAUUUGUGAACUAAUGCGAUUAGUUUACUACUAAUAAUAAUCCGGUCCUAUGAGGUCACA